AUGGCGUCAUUCGGUAUCCUUAAGAGGGCGGAUGUUCGCUUGCUGCACAGCCCUCACCUUGCUCCGAUUCUCCUGGCUCAGGAAGAGCUCGCUAAGGGCUUCGAGGUGAUCUUUGUGACGUGCGAAACUUCUGCUAUCACUCCAAGUUGCGAGGCGCAGAACAUGCAACGCUUUCUCAACUCCAUCUCGGUGACAGUGAGAUUCUGCAUGGAUCAGGAGAUCCGGGUGCCGCUGGCCGACAACGCGCUCUUCGUAUUCUUCGUGCAGAGCGAGGCAGCUGCUGAAAUCUAUCAGUCAAGAUUCUCCGGCAGAAACCCCGACCGCCAGCUCCUUGUGACUGACCCGGCCAUCUGGGAUGCGUUUCCUCAGCUCAUGGACUAUAUGUCAAUCACAGUGGGACGAGGCUUCGCUCGCAUGUUCCUAGAGAGCCUGGGAGCCAAGUUGGCUGCCUUGCUGCAUGAUCGACGAGUAGAUGCACGAGCGGCACCAGAACUAGAGGCAAGCAAGGAGUCCGAGCUAACCGUUGAGGAAGCAGUCACAUGA